ACGACUGGCUCUCCGCUGCCUGCACUUAUAAUAUCAUUGUGUACUUGCGUUUUCGAGGGGACAUAUAUUAUAGCCGCGCGAGCUCUCGCUGAAUUGUUUUAUUUAUUUUUUAUUUUUUAUUUUUUCUGUUUACCAUCACCGGGUGUUUUUUUUUUUUUCGCACCUUUCUCAAGCUUCUUUUUUUCUUUUUCCGGUCACUCGGGCAAUAAGUAUUUUACGUGAAAAUCGAAGGAAAAUUGCCGGUGCUGGGAAGAGUGUUUCCUCGGUUGCUCGAGCGAAAAAAAUACCUCUGUGGUGUAUAGGUACGUGAGGAUAGUUGAUCAAAGUGUAUUUUGAGUGUGCGAGGAUAACGUGGCAUGUCUUCCUUCGCUGUUUGAUCGAAGCGAGCGUAACAUGGUAUUCGAAGCUGUCUCCGAGGAGGAGCGCCAGGAGUUCUUCCGGCAGGGGUAUAGCGCUCAUCUGCCAGGGUAUACAGGGCACUGUCCGACCCUCAAGUUUCGAGUUGGCAAGCGAUAUGGAGCGUGCACCGAAGAAAUCAUGAAAGAGCUGAUUGACAAAAAUAUACUCAAAACAGCACCAUAUCAAUUCCGAGCAGCAUCAACUAAAGAAAAUUUAGUCCACAUUCAGCGAGAGAAAGACAUCAGGAGGAAUCGGAAAAAAGAUUCGUACACAUUCAAGACUCCACCGUACAUUUUGGGAUAUACAGGCUACAUACCAGGCUACAGCAGCAGGUACGGCCUGACCUUCAUGAAGGCGGUUGACGAAGGCACCACCGAAUGGCGCGAGGCGCAGAGCAAGCUACGCUCACGCCGGGACGCGAUGCGGGCGCACGUAGAGCGCACGAAUCCGCGAAACCUCCUGUCCCGGGUGCGUGCCGACAACGUCGACGUGGAGAUCGACCACGGGCAUGGUGGAAAGCGACAAUAUUUCGACAACCAAGUAUCGGCGGAAAGUCCGCCAAUCGUGGGCUACACCGGACACAUUCCAGGAGCAAAGGGGGAAAUAGCCCUGUCCAAGCGAUACGGCCUGGCUGCGAAAAAGGGCCUGGAACUGUUCGAAAAAGAGCAAAGGUCGAGACUGCUGAGCCCAACCAAAGACGCGGAUGCAAUAGACAGGGUGCUCGAAGUCGCCAACGUCGACGACACUGGCCACCUGAAGCCGUAAUCUACCGAUGUGGGCAGCUAAGGGAUUUUUUUCCCGAAUUUUUUUGUUACUUGAAACGUGUCGUAAGUACUUCGUACAGUUCAACUCUGAUUUCCUUACCUUCUGGUUUCGAUACUUACACGUAUGAGCUUAAAACUAUUAGGUGACAUUGAAGUUACGGUACUUGUAGCAUGAGAGAGACAUUUCCUUGUAGAUAUUUAUUCUUUGGGCAGCAGCUAUUAAUUGGUCAAAAGGGUCUUUGGUAUAAGUACUUAUUUAGCUGCACUGAGUUUCCACUGCGAUAUUGGAAUGAGAUCGUGGUAUAUCUGAAAAUCAUGAUCCUGUAGGGAUUUUUUUUUUUCCUUUCACGUCGGUUGUCUUUGUAUAGACGGGGCCGGAAAAUGAGGUUGGAAAAACCAUAUAUUAGUUGAAUCUUGAAAAAAAGUAUACAAGGAUAUAGUUACUUAGUCAAUUCAACCAUCUCUUACGGAACAUCCAAUCUAUGACAAAAAUAAAUUUAGUGUGCCUUGUUAUCGCCUUUAAAAUAUUAUUUGGUCGAAU